GGGAAAUGGCAUCAUUGUCACUACACGACUUGAAAAUGUUGCUUCACUGGUGAGAACACUUCCAAUGUGCAAACUAAACAACUUGUCAGAAGAUGAGUGUUGGUCCAUAAUCAAAUCAAAAGCAGUUGGCGAAGUUGAUGUUCCAUCGGGAUUUGAGACCAUUGGAGUAUCUAUUGCAAAAAGAUGUCAAGGUUUACCGUUAGCGGCCAAAGUGGUUGGGGAUUGUUGUGUGGUAAGUCGUUUGAUGAGUGGCUCUCUAUUGAAAAGAAUUGGCUCUCGGAUUUAGGAUAUGAAAAUUCAAUCUCCAAGACUUUAAAACUGAGUUUUGAUCAUUUUUCAUCACCAUCACUCAAAAAGUGUUUUGCAUAUUGUUCGAUAUAUCCUAAAGGAUAUGACUUCCAAAAAGAACGAUUGGUUGAGUUGUGGAUGGCAGAGGGAUUUCUUGGAGGAAAUGAUGAUAUGGAGGUUGUGGGCAACAAAUUUAUUAAUCUUCUUUUAGAGUACUCGUUGUUACAAGUUGUAAAGACAAAUCGCCAUUGCAAUAUAACAUAUUAUAACAUGCACGAUCUUGUGCAUGAUCUAGCAUCCUCUAUUUUAAAUUCAAGCGAUCAAGUUCGGCACAUUGGCCUACAAUCUAUUAGUGGUGAAUCGUGCGUUGUCUUAAAUGAACAAGCAAAUUGUCUUCGUUCAUUAUUGACCAAUGAUAGAAUAUCCAAUCUCAUGUUCUCGGAGUUCAAAUCGCUGCAUGUUUUAAUCCUGAUGGGCUAUCACGUUGAAGAGUUGCCAAGUUCAAUUAGAGUGCUAAUACAUUUGAGAUGUCUUGAUAUUUCGGACACAAGGAUUAGAUGUUUGCCAGACUCUAUUGGUCAACUCUAUCACUUGCAGACGUUAAGAGCGUGUCAUCAUUUGGUGAAACUGCCAAAUACAAUGAAACACUUGAUUAGCUUGAGACAUCUCCACAUUCGUCGUGGGAUAGAAUUCCCUCCAUGGGAAGAAUAACUUCACUU